AUGUUUGAAGGCACAAGAUUACAAUACAUUGUCCCUGGAUAUACUGGACAUAUUCCAAAAGGUUUUUUUGAACAAUAAGUUGGGUACUACUAAGAAGAAAAACCAUAAAAUCAUAUACCAGGCUAUGCUGGUGAAAUAAAAUCAAUGAAAGCUGAAAAUUUGUUUGCUUAAACCUAUGGCAAAAUUACCUACUCAAUUUAACAUGAUGACUACUACAAGGGAUAAGAUGUGCCACCUGAAUCAAGAUAUAAAUCAUAACUAAAAGACACUUAUCAAAAUUAGAAUAAAGUAUAGUUGAGAACAGCAGCUGAAAUUGUAGGAGUGAAGCCCAAGCCUAUCGAAUACAAGAUUCCUUAAACUGAAACUGCUAAGACUUUUUUCAAAGUAGACCAGCAAGGAAAUCCAUAAUUGAGAGAAUCUUUAGAAAAUUGGAAGAGUGAAUAUGAAUAACAUUCUGAAACAAUUGAUCAAGCAACACACAAGUUUUAUGGUGAUCCUGGACAAAAAGUGCCAAUACCACUUGGAACUCCAUUACCUGGAUAUACUGGGAUGCAAAAAAGAGUAGUAGCGGCAAAUAUUUUCGGUUAAACAUUUGCAAAUGCUCGUAAAACAGCAUUAUAGGAUGAUGCUAAAAUUAAGGAUGAAAAAAUGAAUACAUUCAAACAAUAGGCUUCAUUUAUACCAGCUUUAAAAAGAUGAUUAUUAUUAUUUUAACAAUUGAACAUUAUAAUUAUCAGAAUAGAAAA